AUGAAGAAUUUGACCAAAGACACUGAGUUUAUUCUUAUCGGCCUCUCAGUUCAUCCACACAACCUACAUUUUCUCUUUGUUGUCUUCUUCAUCAUAUAUGUCUUGACCGUCAUCAUCAACUUCCUAAUCAUUGCCUUUGUCUUCACUGACUCCCAGCUUCACACUCCAAUGUACUUCUUUCUUGGAAACUUGGCCUUUAUAGACAUCUUCUACUCAUCGGUGACAGGUCCAAGAAUGCUUCACGACCUGCUCACCCAGAAUCACUCGAUGUCUCUGCCAGCCUGCACAACCCAAGUCUUCUUCUUCAUUUUCUUGGCCAGUGCAGAACUCUUCUUGCUCUCUGCUAUGUCCUAUGACAGAUAUAUUGCCAUCUGCCACCCUCUGCACUACUCUCAGAUCAUGUCCUGGACGGUUUGUACACAGAUGGCCUCUGGGGUUUGGGUUCUUGGGUUUUUCUAUUCACUGGUCCACACUUUAUUCUCACUCAGAUUGACCUUCUGUGGUCCAAACACCAUCCACAACUUCUUCUGUGACCUUCCUCAUUUAUUCCAGAACUCUUGCACUGAUACUUUUAUUAACAUUUUAGUCAUAUUAAUUGUAGGUGGAAGCCUUGGAAUUGGGGCCUUCUCCAUCACAAUUGUCCCAUAUACUCACAUCUUCAGCACCAUUCUCAAGAUCAAGACAAAACAUGGAAAGCUUAAAGCCUUCUCAACCUGCACCUCUCAUCUUACCGUGGUGUUUAUUUUCUAUGGGUCCAUAAUUUUUAUCUAUUUUGUGCCCACCACGAGUAAUCUCUUUACUGUUAACAGGGUGGUGUCCGUGACAUAUGCCCUCAUUAACCCUUUACUUAACCCCCUGAUAUACAGCAUUAGGAACAAAGACCUCAAGGGAGCUGUCAAGAGAACCAUCCAUCACAUGAAUUGGAAAAACUGA